UUCAGACGAAAAUGUGAACAAAUUUUCUGGAACCAGAGAAAGGGACCGUAAAACGAAACUCGGCACCGCGUCGCGGAACGAGUCAAUUCUGAGUCGGCGCCACACUCGUCGAUCUCUACAAUCUCUGUCGUCUGAUCAUCAAUAUCUCUCUUAUCGGUUUUUGGAGGAGGUGGUGGGUUUGGUGAUGGAUGAAAACUCCGAGCUUGAAGAAGGCGAAGCUUGCUUUCACGAAGACGAAGACGAAGACGACAAUAUUAACCUCGAUACCGCCUUCUCUUACAUUGAUGAGAAGAUUAAAAACGUUUUGGGCCAUUUUCAAAAAGAUUUUGAAGGCGAAGUUUCUGCAGAAAAUUUGGGGGCAAAAUUUGGUGGAUAUGGCUCUUUUUUGCCUACCUAUGAACUUUCUCCUCCAAGAUUAUCACAUCCGAAGACACCGCAGAGGAACUCCUCAACCAACAAUUUCUUCAUGGAAGUAUAUGGAUGAUAUCCUUGCUAUAGUUUGGUCAUUG